AUGGCGAGGGUGACCAUAGAUGCUUUGGGUGGUGGUUCUUACGAUGGUGUGUCUCAAAUUCCCAUGGGCUUGUUUUUGCUUUGCAUGAUGGUCGCGUCGCUCUCGAUCAUAUCUAUGAUCAUCUUUGCAUGUAGUGACGGUGGUGAUGACAAGGUUAGCUCUGAGAAACAGAAAGAACGCGGCCGAAAUUACGGUGGAGAUUGGGAUAUUAUUUGUUGUUGCUGUUGCGGUAGUAGCGGUGACAGCAGCGGCGGCGGCGGUGGUGACGGAGGUGGCGGUGGUGGUGGCGGCGGUGAUGAUGGUGAUGACGGAGGCGGCGGUGGUGAUGAUGGUGAUGAUGGAGGCAGUGGUGGAGGGGGCGGUGGAUGUGGGUUUGGGGAUGGUGGAGUGGGUGGUGGAGGUGGUGGUGGUGAAGUGGGUGGUGGGGGUGGGUGUGGUGAAGUUGGUGGAGGUGGUGGUGGUAGUGGUGGUGAAGUGAGUAGCGGAGGUGGUGGUGGUGGUGAAGUGAGUAGUGGAGGUGGUGGUGGUGGUGGUGAAGUCAGUAGUGGAGUGGGUGGAGUGGGUGGUGGUGGUGGUGAAGUGGGUAGUGGAGGCGGGUGGAGUGGAGGUGGCGGUGGAGGGGAUUUGGGAGGUGGGGCUGGAGGAGGCGGGUGGAGUGGAGGGGGUGGUGGAGGCGGGUGGAGUGGAGGUGAUUUUGGAGGCGGCGGUGGUGGAGGUGGGUGGAGUGGAGGCGGGGGUGGAGGUGAUUUUGGAGGCGGGGGUGGUGGAGGCGGUGUUGGAGGGGGUUGGUGA